CGAGGCCCGCGUCGGAGGCUUCGGCGGGUGGCGCUGCCAGCGGUCGAUCGAGCCCGACCAUGAGUACGGGCGGGCUAGACGACGACUUCUCGCCCGCGGGGAGCGGGCCAUCGAGGAAGGUUCCACCGCUUGGCGACUUGGUGAAGCACAUGGGGUCGCUGACCAUUCCGAUGCUUGCGGAAAGUGCCGGGGUCACCACGGAGGAGGCGGACUACUUCCUCAACACGGGCUUCACGCCCGACGAAGUUCAGCCGGAAAGGGCCGUGGCCAUGAUGGUGGUACUACUCGACGCAAGGCUUUGUAUCCAGCGCGACGGAGACAGCGUCCAGCAGUACAUGGAUCGUCUUGGUGAAGAGGAUUGUGAGCUGCCCGGGUUUGAUGGGUUUGACGAGUCGGUCAUGUUUAAACUGCUCGAGCUCUCCGGCGUGGAAAAAAUGGACUUCCACAGCCUGCCGGAUGCGAAUUGGUUUCACGGCGGAUGGCCGAUAGAUCGUGUUACGCCGGACAAGGUGCUUCAGGUUACGAAGCGGGUGGCUUCGUUGUUGGUGCUCGGCGCCGGCGUGACGAACUCCUGGCUGUCCGCCGCCGGUCAGACAUCCAGGCCCGGUUCUGCAAGAGUGGGGGGUGCGCACGCCAUGUCAGGCAGCCACGCUUCAGGGGGGGCGAGUGGACCUUCGGGAAACCGUGGAAGGAAGCCCCGUGCCAAGACCAUUAAGCUCGCCGAGGAUGGGCUAGAUAGCUUCAUGGAGCGACAGGUGGCUGACGCUCGGUCACUCGCCGAUCAGAGACGUGAAGAGGACGAGAGGAGGUGGGCGGCGGAAGCUAAACGAGAGGUAGGGAGGAGGCAGGAGCUCCUGGACAUGAUGGCCCACGAGAGGGCAAUGCGGGAAGAUGAAAGGAAACACGACAGACAAGAGCGUGAAAGGGAGAGGGCGACUGCACGGGCAGAGCAAAAGGAAGAUCGUGAUCACCAAAUCAGGAUGAUGCAACUCCAGGUAGACCUGGCGAAGGCGAAGGGCAACAAUAACUAGCUAACUGGUUGGGGUUGCUGUUGCUGCAGUUGCUAGGGCAUGCGUUGCAUGUGUUUUUUUUUUUCAACAGCAGGCUCUUCAAAAAAAAAUCGUGGCAUCCGUUGCGCCUUGCGCGUUUUUUUCGGGGGGGCUUGCCUGUUCGGGGUAGGGAAAAAUGGGAAUGGGUUUUCGCCCUUGCUGCU